CUUUGAAGGAAGUUAGGGUUAGAGGUGAGGAGGAUUUUGAAUGUGCAACAAAAGGGGUUUUUUUUUUUUUUGGGAUCCUGACUUAUUCCUCCCCCCUAGUUCGUGCAGAGUUUGAGAAAAUGUCGUCAGAAAGAACACAAAGUAUAGUAGGGAGUGAGGUGAUGCCUUUGGACUAUGGGAGCAUGGACUCAGAGAGUAGUCCAUCUCCUUCUAGUUCGGAGAAGACGGUGGAGGGGGUGAGAGGGGAUGAGGUGAUAGAGGUAGGGGAGGAAGAGGUAGUAGAGGUUAGGGGUAAUGAGGUGGUAGGGGUUGGAGGAGAUAGCAUACCCAUAACCGUAGUAGAAGUAGAGGGUACAGGCGAGAGGGAUUAUGAUGUGAAUGUCGAGAUAGUGGAAGAGGUGCAGCAGUAUAGGUCUGAACUAAGGACCAGGGAUAGCCUGGGUCACUUAGUGGAAAAUUACGAGAUCUCUUCUCGAGUGCUGGUUAGGCUAGCUGGGGUAGAGGAGAGAGCGUGUUCUGCUCCUUGGGACCAUUGGAUGCCCAUAUAUUCCCACUAUCUGAUAGCAGGAUUGAGGUUUCCAAUUCCUGAGUUGCUGGUAGGAUUGUUAUUAGAUUACAAGAUAGGGUUGACACAAUUAGUCCCCAAUGCUAUGAGGGGGGGUAGUAGGAGGGAUAAAGGGUGGUAUUAUUUCACCUCGAGGGUAGCCAAUAGGGAGAGUAGGUCUUUAUUCACAGCGGGUCCUUCAUCCAUUAAAGGAUGGAAGGAAAAAUUCUUUUUUGCGGAUGAUACGGAGUGGGGGAAAGGGGAUGCCGAGGUGAGGGAGUUAUCCUCCUGGAAAGCUAAAAGGGCCAACCAGAAUAGGUUUAGUUUGAAUGAGGAUGAGGAGGAAGAAGUGAGGAAGUUGGUGAGGAAGAGGGGGGAUUUACUAAACAUAAUGGACCUCACCAGCGCACAAUGCAUAGAAGCUGCCGAGCUCUAUGGGCCAAGCGCUUUGAGUGAAGCUGAAAUGGACCAGUUUUUAAACACUGCUGGAGGAGCGGCCAUCCCCAAGAAGCCAAGGAAGAAGUCAAAGACUUCAACCAAGCAAGUGGAUGAGGGGAGGGCUAGGAAGGAGGUAGUGCCCACGACUUCAGCUGAGGCGGAGGAGGAGGUGCCACAGUUGAAGAGGAAGGGGUGGGAGGAGAGGAGGGCACUGCAGAAGAAGCAGAAAGUGGUGGAGGAGGAGGAGAGGGGGGAAGAGGUACCACAGUUUGUACCUCAGCCUUCUCAUGUUGAGUUGAACCCUGAGCUCAGACAGUUGAAGGAGGGGGCUGAGGUACGAGCUCCUGGUAAGGGAAAGGCGCUUGUUCCCCCGCUGGGGCCUCAUAGCAGCCUGUUCGAGGCGAAGAACAUGACGGGGGCUAGGUGGUUCAUCAAUAGCACCUUCCCCGAAGUGGACAGACACAACACGCGGGAUGAAGCUUUGAGGUAUGGUGGAGCAUCCGUUGUGAAGCACAUUCUAGAGAGCGCGAGCUGGGUGAAUGGAUUAGCCCAGGAAUUCAGGGAGAGCCUGAAGGAGCGCUCGCUCUUGCAGAGGCAGUGUGAACAGCUGCAGAAUGAGAAGGAGGACACCUUCCCCGAAGUGGACAGACACAACACGCGGGAUGAAGCUCUGAGGUAUGGUGGAGCGUCCGUUGUGAAGCACGUUCUAGAGAACGCGAGCUGGGUGAAUGGAUUAGCCCAGGAAUUCAGGGAGAGCCUGAAGGAGCGCUCGCUCUUGCAGAGGCAGUGUGAACAGCUGCAGAAGGAGAAGGAGGAGUUGGAGAAGAGAAACAAAGAACUGCAAGAGUCGUUGAACGAGGUGGUUCCAGCUGUGAAGCAGUUGGAGCAGGAGAGGGCUUCCCUAAGCACCAAGCUCGUCUUUGAAGAGAGCAAACGAAGGAUCUCUGAAAGCGAGCGUGAGGCUCAGGCACAAGAAUUAAAGCUGACGAAGAAGGCUUUCUUGGAGCUGAAGGAGAAUGUGCAGACCUUGGUGCAUAAUGGAAUGAAGGAGCACAUCAACAACUUCAUCAACUCCAGCUCGUUUGACAACAUCGUCAACUUAUAUCGGCUGCCCACUGCCAUCAUUGCAUUCACGGACUGCAGGAAGAAGGUGAAGGCAGAAUAUCCCAAAGUGGAUAUUACGAAGAUCACCUUCGGAGAGCAAGAAGAAGGAGUGGAGGAAGACAGUGAGAGCAUGUCAACAGACUUCUGUCCUCAGAUCAACCUGAGGUGGGAGCAUGAUGCAAACGGACGUGCUGUAUUCCCUCCCCAGUUCGACUUCGAGUUCGUUGCAAUGGAGGAAGAAGGGGCAGAGGUAGAGGGAGACGAGGUGGAGGCAGGAGUGGAGGGAGCUGAAGUGGAUGAGAGCCAACCGGUUCCAGAAGUGGAGAUUCAUCCAGUUCCCUUCGACGAUGAACAGCCUCCUCUACCAGAUGAGUAGCAACCAACACAGCCACCGCCUCCAGCUGAGUAAGAGCCAGUGGAACCACCUCUCCCAGCAUAGAAAUAAUUUUGUUUUUUAAUUUUUUGUAGAAACAUUAAUCAAUUUGUAACACUAUUAUGUUUGUUUUAUAUAUUUUUGUUAUCUUCUACGAAUAAAAGAACUGAGAGUAC